CGUACACCGUGCUGAGUUCUACGCGCGCUGGCGGUUCGGAAGAACUAUGGCCCGCAGGGCCAUCUUUUCCGUGCUAUAACUAGAACCUGGGGAUGUUGGUUAACCUGUUAGCUAUAGAGAUUCCUAUAUUAUCUACUUUUAUAAGCUAUUACCAUGCUAAUACCUACUUAAAUGCCUGCUUCAAUGCCUACUUGAAUGCCUACUUGAAUGCCUACUUGAAUGCCUACUUGAAUGCCUACUUGAAUGCCUACUUAAAUGCCUACUUGAAUGCCUACUUGAACGCCUACUUGAAUGCCUACUUGAAUGCCUACUUGAAUGCCUACUUGAAUGCCUACUUGAAUGCCUACUUAAAUGCCUACUUGAAUGCCUACUUAAAUGCCUACUUGAAUGCCUACUUGAACGCCUACUUGAAUGCCUACUUGAAUGCCUACUUGAAUGCUUACUUGAAUGCUUACUUUAAUACCUGCUUUAAUGCCUGCUUCUAUACCUGCUUCAAUACCUGCUUCAAUACCUGCUUUAUUGCCUGCUAAUACCUCCUUUAAUAUCUACUUUAAUACCUAUUUUAAUUCUAACUUCCAUACUUACAUUAAUAUAGUAGCUAUCAUACUAAUAUGCAAGCCGCCGAGCGUAGCGAGGGUUUGAGGCUAGUAUACCUAUUUUAAUUCUAACUUCUGUAUAUGUAUUAAUAUAGUAGCUAUC